GGCGACCUGAGAAAUAAAUCAUCGCCACCACACAGUAGUGGUUGGUUCAACGCCUUUCUUUUAGUAAUCCGAGCUUGUCUUUUGACUCGGUCGUGCCGGGCAAAACAAGCUCCUCCUCAAGACAGGCAACAACACACAGCAGACCACUUGCCAAACCCUCGACACUCGGCUUCUUCACUCUUCGUCGCAGCGCAGACGACCCCGCCAUUCUCAACACAACGCCGCCCGUUGCUGCCCUUCCAGAUGGCGACCGUCACCGGCAGCCGUGCGGCCCCUACGGCGCAGGACGUAACGGCGUCCCAUCCGUACACCUGUAAUACCUGCCAGGUAGCUUUUCGCAACAGCGACCUGCAGAAGGGCCACAUGAGGAACGACUGGCACCGCUACAACCUCAAGCGCCGCGUCGCCACGCUUCCUCCCAUCUCCUCCGAGGUCUUCACAGAAAAGGUCCUCCAGGCCCGAGCUUCUACUACCGCAGAGGCCGAGCGUGCCGGUUUCCAGACAGAGUGCACUCUCUGCCACAAGACCUACUUCAGUGAGAACUCGUACCAGAACCACAUCGGCAGCCAGAAGCACAAGGCAAAGGCCGCUGCUCAGCUGAGGAAGGGCCGCAACGGCGUCGCUGCCGACGAUGCCAGCUCCAUGAUUAGCUCCACCUUCUCCUUGGGCGACCCCGUUGCCUCCAACGCCUCAGAGGUCGACUCAGACGCCGAGGAGGAGUUCAGUCACAUUGUCGAGGGCAUGAAGAAGACCGGAAUAUCAGACCAGAAACGGCCCUCGCCCGUCAAGCGACCAUCCAACCCACAGGUCUCGGCAAGGAUGCACCAUUCCCAAGACCCCUCGCUUUCUGAGGCAUCCAGCGAGCAGCAGUCCGCCACCCCAACCCCAUCCAAGGCCGCUGAUGGCGCACAACCACCAGCCUUGUCCCUCCACCACUGCCUAUUUUGCAACCUUGAGUCCCCCGACGUGCCCUUGAACGUUAACCACAUGGAGAAGACCCAUGGCAUGUUCAUUCCCGAAAAGCAAUAUCUGGUAGAUCUCGAGGGUCUGUUACGAUCCCUGCAAGAGCGCAUACAGGAAUAUCAUGAGUGUCUGGUGUGCGGCAAGGCCAAGGCGAACGCAUUCGCUGCACAAACCCACAUGCGUGAUACCGGCCACUGCAAGAUCCCAUACACUACCGAGGACGAACAGCUCGAGAUUGGAGAGUUUUAUGAUUUCCGCAGCACGUACUCAGAUGACGAGAUGGACGAGGACGAGUCCGACGACGAGGGAUCCCCUCAGGCUGGUGGGGCCAAGCUUGGCAGCAAGCGUGCGGCAGUCACGACAAACGAGGACGGUGAGGAGAUCGAGGAAGCCGAGGAUGCAGGCUGGGAGACAGACUCCUCGGCUUCGUCCCUCGACUCCGCCGAUCUCACCGCAGUGCCAGCAGAAAAUCACUACCACCAGUACGAGCGACUAGGAAAGCAUGCUCACCACUCUCGAAGCGACUCGAGACCUCAUCGUCAGCGAGACGGAUGGCAUUCACACUCCCACAAGCCCACACGUGCAGUCUUCUAUGACGAAUACGAACUUCACCUCCCAAGUGGCAGAUCAGUUGGCCACAGGUCUUUGAACAAGUACUAUCGCCAGAACCUGCGGGAGCGACCGUUCCUCGAGGGAUAUCAGCAGCACCAGUUGGCCCUCGAGAACAACGACCCAGAUGCCAUGGAUGUCGAUGGCGAGGAGGGCAAUGAUAGCCAGCAGAUUGUCCUCAGCGGGCGUGUCCGCGAUCAGAGGAGGCAGCUUGUGGGUCGCGGCGCCGACGGCGGCGGUGGCAUGCUUGGUGUCUCAGACAAGAAGAAGAAGGAGGUUGGCAAGGAGACGCAGCGUAGCCGCAAGGUGGAGCACGCCCACCAGAGGAGGCUUGAGUGGUCCGUCAACAAGCAGGCCAACAACCAGAAACACUACCAUUACAGUAUUCUGUAAAUUGGUCAAUGGCAUUUGCAUUGGUGGAGAUGGUUUCGUGAUGAAGAGGCUGCCAUAUUUGCCCUGGUUGUCUAUGUGUUCGUCAGCCAGGGCCGUCGUUUCUGCAAUAAAAUUAUUCUAGACAGAGAUUGCAUGCUGAUAACUACAUCAAAGAAAAA